AUGUCUGACAUUCUAUCUAAACCACUAAAUAUUCAGCUUGAGGCCGUUCCUGUAGAUCUAACUCCUUUGGAUAUGCCAUAUCCUAAAGAUGUUUGCGCUUUUACUAUUGAUAAUGUAUGUACUCCUGAGGAGUGUGCUGCUCUUAUAAAACUUUCCGAAGAGGGUGGUUAUGAACCAGCAUUAGUAAAUGUUGGUGGGGGUCAUCAACAAUUAAUAACUGAUGUACGUAAUAACACACGUUACAUUCGGGAUGAUGUUAAAAUUUCAUCAGAUUUAUGGUCACGAAUAUCAAAAUUUGUUCCAAAUACUUGGACAAAAGAUUCAUUUCCUGCUGUUGGAUUAAAUGAAAGAUUAAGAUUUUUAAGAUAUGAUCCUGGUGAACGUUUUAAACCACAUCAAGAUGGUUCUUAUCAAAGAGAUGAUGGUUCAGAAACAACUUUUGUUACUUUACAAUUAUAUUUAAAUGAUGAAGGAUUAGAAGGUGGUGAGACUUCUUUUUUAAAUCCUUCAGGAAAUAAAGUAAAAGUUGCUCCAAAAACUGGUAUGGUAUUAGUUUUUGAACAUCUUUUAUAUCAUGAAGGUUCUGAAGUUUUAAAAGGAAGAAAAUAUGUUAUAAGAACUGACGUCUUUUAUAAAACUGAUAAAUUUCUUGUUUCUACACCUGCUAGUGUUCAUAAAGCAAGUGGUUUAAAGUUUUCACGAUCGUCUGCCUCGAGGAAGAAUUCGAGUAAUAAUAAUACCCAAUUUUCUGACAAAGAUAUGACUCCUCCAAUCUUGACGAGCAUAAAUCAACCAGUAUCUGAAAUUAAACAAAAUGUGGCUAAACGUUUUAGUUUGAAAGUAAGCCCUAAAAUACCUAAAUUUAUCAGAUCCUCUUCAAGUUCUUCAACAAAAUCUAGGUUAUCGGUUUCAACAUUAAAUAAUGAUAAUUAUUUGAUUAAUCAAUCUGAUUCCUUGAACAAACCUUCUUCGUCUCCUACUAAACUUUCAACUGAGUUACCACCACAAAAUUCUCCGAAUUCACCAUACGUUGCUAGGACUGGUAAUGCUUCUGAUGUAUUAAAAUCAUCGAAUGAAGCUCAAGAUACUUGUUCAAUUUCUGAAAAUUGGGAAACAAUUACUCAAAACGAUUAUAAGAAUUCCUCUGAUGAACGUAAUGAAAAUAAUGAAAAAAAUGGUAUCGAUCAAUCAUUAAUAUUUACUUCCGACCCGAUACCGAACAAAAAACAUGGUGGUGCUCCUUUAUUAAUAUCUAAUAUUGGAAAAAACGUCUUCUUCAACUACAAAGGCUCAAAAAAAGAAUAUAAACCUCCUGAAAUUGUUACUAUUCCUUCUCUUUCUCCUCCUUCCGUCACUUAUGUUUCUCCUCCUCCUACUAUCCCUCAAAAACCUAAAAAGAAAAGAGGUUCUCAUCUAAGAAGUGGUAGUUUUUAUUCUACAAAACAAACUUUAGCUAAUGCUUUAUUACGUAGAGUACGUAAUAGGCCUGUCUCUGAGUCAAAUGUUAAUGAAGACGUAUUAACAUAUACAAGCUUUCCGGAUCCUGAUCCGGAAGAUUACGUUAACAUAUAUCCUUGGGAUUUACCUGACUCAAUAUCGGCAACUGAAGCUGCUGGUGGUGUAUUACAGAUGAUCGAAUAUGAUGGUAUAUACAUAAAUGGUGUGCGAGUUAAUUAA